CGCUCAAAGACGCCCUCUCCCGGCCACACGGCGAGCACACAGCCGCUGCUUCUCUCCGGCGCCACUCCAUCCGCGCACAUCCAGGACUCACUCGCGGUCCUCCUGCCAGUGUGAACGCCAGCCGGAGACCGAGGAGGAGCAGCUUCCAAGCCCGCGGAAACCCCUCUUCCGCCCCCCACCAAAAAACACACAAGGACAACAGCCACGGAGGCUUUUUCUUUUUUUUCCGCGGGUUCGAGUCCAGAGUGACCGCACCGACCAAGUUGAGCGGAAGAGUUGAGCGAAGAAGCCGCCACGACGCCGUCGACAUGGAUAAAGUUGUCGGGUGUUGGUUCUCCGCCAUCACGCUAUUGCUUUCCGCCGGAGGAGAAGUUUUUAAAGGCGACUGCAACUUUGCCAAGCCGCUGGCAGCGUGUGGCUACAGUCAAGGCAGAGACGACGACCUGGACUGGGAGCAGGUCAAUACCAGAGAAAAGCCUUCCUUCGAUCCAUGGAUGCCCUCAGGUUCCGCCUUCAUGAUGGUCAACACGUCAGGACGUUUCUCCGGACAGAAGGCCGUACUCUUGACCCCCCAGCUGAGGGAGAACGACACCCACUGCGUUAUUUUCCACUACUACAUCGGCGGCAGGGACAACAGCCACCCAGGCCACCUUAACAUCUACAUCAAGGAGAACAACAGUCCCAUGGGGAUGCCCGUUUGGAACAUGUCCGGCCCGGCGUCACGUUCCUGGUCUCAGGUGGAGCUGGCCGUCAGCACCUACUGGCCCAACUUCUACCAGAUUGUGGUGGAGGCCGUAACCUCCGGGCAGCACGGCUUGCUGGCCAUCAAAGACGUCCUGGUCCAAGGCCACCAGUGCAUGAAUACGCCGCACUUCCUGACGAUCAAGGGCGUGGAGGUGAACGCCGGGCAGACCGCAUCUUUUCAUUGCACCGUGAAUGGACGUAAGCGGGACAAUUUCCGCCUCUGGCUUCAGGGCAUGGGUGGACGCGAGGCCCCCAUGAAGACCACCAAACCUUGGAACAACCGCCGCUUCAUCGGCACCUUUGACGUGGAGAACACCACCAAGGGCGACUCGGGACGCUACCGCUGCAUCGUGCACUCGGACAAAGGGGUCGGGGUGUCCAACUAUGGAGAGCUGAUCAUAAAGCAGCCUCCGGUGCCCAUCGCGCCGCCCCAGCUGACGGCGGUGGGCGCCACCUACCUGUGGAUCCAGCUCAACGCCAACUCCAUCAACGGCGACGGCCCCAUCGUGGACCGAGAGGUGGAGUACCGCACGGUGUCGGGCAGCAUGUACGACCUGCAGCCCGUGGACAAGACCACACACAAGAUCGGACAUCUGGACCCGGACACCGAGUACGAGAUCAGCGUCCUGCUGACCAGGCCCCUGGAGGGCGGCACCGGCUCCCCCGGACCCCCGCUUAGGGCUCGAACCCGAUGUGCUGAACCCAUGCACGGCCCGCGGCGCCUGGAGGUUCUGGACGUCCAGUCCAAGCAGGUGACGGUGCGCUGGGAGCCCCUGGGCUACAACGUGACCCGCUGCCACAGCUACAACCUGACCGUGCAGUACCGCUCCAGGGUGGGCGGCAAGGACCAGACCCGCGAGGAGGUCUGCUACGACACCCAGAGCCGCCACCCGCAGCACACCAUCCACAACCUCACGCCCUUCGCCAACCUCAGCGUCCGGCUGGUGCUUCGCAACCCCGAAGGCGUCAAGGAGAGCGGCGAGCUGGAGGUGCAGACCGACGAGGACGUGCCCGGCACCGUCCCCCUGGAGUCCAUUCAGGGCAGCGCCUACGAGGAGAAGAUCAUCCUGACGUGGCGGGAACCGGCCCAGACGUACGGCGUCAUCACUCAGUAUGAGAUCUCCUACAAGGCGGUGAGUUCCUUCGACCCCGAGCUUGACCUCUCCAACCAGAGCGGCAAGGUGGCCAAGCUCAGCAACGAGACCACCCACGUGUUCGCGGGACUCUACCCGGGCUCCACGUACUCCUUCACCCUGCGCGCCAGCACGGCUAAAGGCUACGGCCCGCCUGCCCUCACCCAGUUCACCACCAAGAUUUCAGCUCCAUCAAUGCCGACGUACGACCAGGAGACGUCCCUGAAUCAGACGGAGAGCACGGUCACGGUCUUACUGAAGCCCGCCCAGAGCCGUGGGGCACCUGUGAGUGCCUACCAGGUGGUGGUGGAGGAGGAGCGUCCUCGGAGGGCGCGGGGCACGGCCGAGAUCCUGCGCUGUUACCCGGUUCCCAUCCACUUCCAGAACGCCACGCAGCUCAACUCCCAGUACUAUUUCACCGCCCAGUUCCCCGCCGGCGGCAUCCACUCACCGCAGCCGUUCACGGUGGGCGACAACAAGACCUACAACGGCUACUGGAACGCGCCGCUGCUGCCCCAGAAGAGCUACAGCGUCUACUAUCAGGCCGUCAGCACCGCCAACGGGGAGACCAAAAUCGAUUGUGUCCGAGUCGCCACCAAAGGUAGCCGCCCCAUACUCGUGACCCAGCUCACCACGCCCUACCUCCGCAUCGCACCGGCGGCCGGCGAAAACCAACUCACAGGAGCGGCGACCCACAAGCCUGACGCCGUGGAGCCAGAGAAGCAAACGGACCACACGGUGAAGAUUGCCGGGGUCAUCGCAGGCAUCCUCCUCUUUGUCAUCAUCUUCUUGGGCGUGGUGCUCCUCAUGAAGAAAAGAAGAACCUAUCACUCCUACACUUACUACCUGAAACUGGCCAAGAAGCGCAAAGAGACGCUGAGCAGCACCCGCCAGGAGAUGACGGUGAUGGUUAACUCCAUGGACAAGAGCUACACGGAGCAGGGCACCAACUGUGACGAGGCCCUUUCCUUCAUGGACACGCACAACCACACCCUCAACACUCGCAGCGAGUGCGCGCUCACCCUCAACACUCGCAGCGAGUGCGCGCUCACCCUCAACGGCCGAGCUGGGUCCUCUCCUUCCUCCUUCACGCUGCCAAAAGCCAACACGCUCAACACCUCCAUCCCCACCAGCGCCUUCUACCCAGACCCCUUUGUGCCGACCGCCAUCCUAGACGAGAGCCAGAACAUGGGAAGCGACACCAGCAGCCUGGUGCAGUCUCACACGCACUCGCUGAGGAAGCGCGAGGCCGUGGACGUGCCCUACCAGACCGGGCAGCUGCACCCGGCCAUCCGCGUGGCAGACUUGCUGCAGCACAUCACGCAGAUGAAGUGCGCCGAGGGCUAUGGAUUCAAAGAGGAGUACGAGAGCUUCUUCGAGGGACAGUCGGCUCCAUGGGACUCGGCCAAGAAGGAUGAGAACCGCAUGAAGAACCGAUACGGGAAUAUCAUCGCAUAUGAUCACUCCCGUGUCAGACUGCAGGCCCUGGAGGGGGAACAGAGCUCCGAUUACAUUAAUGCAAAUUACGUUGAUGGCUACCACAGACCAAAUCACUACAUCGCCACUCAAGGCCCCAUGCAGGAGACCGUGUUGGACUUCUGGAGGAUGGUGUGGCAGGAGAACACGGCGGCCGUCGUCAUGGUGACCAACCUGGUGGAGGUGGGCAGGGUGAAGUGCUGCAAAUAUUGGCCAGACGACACAGAGAUCUACAAAGACAUCAAGGUGACGCUCAUAGAGACCGAACUCCUGUCCGAGUACGUCAUCCGGACCUUUGCGGUGGAGAAGAGGGGCGCUCACGAGAUCCGGGAGAUCCGUCAGUUCCACUUCACAGGCUGGCCCGACCACGGCGUGCCCUACCACACCACCGGGCUGCUGGGCUUCAUUAGACGGGUCAAGGCCAAGACCAUGAGCAACGCCGGGCCCAUGGUGGUCCACUGCAGCGCCGGCGCCGGUCGGACGGGCUGCUUCGUAGUCAUCGACAUCAUGCUGGACAUGGCGGAGCGCGAGGGCGUGGUGGACAUCUACAACUGCGUCAGGGAGAUGAGAUCACGCCGGGUCAACAUGGUUCAGACCGAGGAGCAGUACGUCUUCAUCCACGAUGCCAUCUUGGAGGCGUGUCUCUGCGGCGACACCACCAUCCCCGCCGGACAGUUCCGCUCGGUCUACUACGACAUGAACCGCUUGGACCCGCAGACCAACUCCAGCCCCAUCAAGGAGGAGUUUCGGACUCUGAACAUGGUGACCCCCACGCUGAGGGUGGAGGAUUGCAGCAUCGCUCUGCUGCCGAGGAACCACGAGAAGAACCGUUGCAUGGACGUCCUGCCCCCCGACCGCUGCCUGCCCUUCCUCAUCACCAUUGACGGGGAGAGCUCCAACUACAUCAACGCCGCCCUCAUGGACAGCUACAAGCAGCCGUCUGCCUUCAUCGUGACCCAGCAUCCUUUGCCAAACACUGUCAAAGACUUCUGGAGGCUGGUCCUGGACUACCACUGCACCUCCAUUGUCAUGCUCAAUGAUGUCGACCCCGCCCAGUUGUGUCCUCAGUAUUGGCCAGAAAACGGAGUCCAUCGCCACGGUCUCAUCCAGGUGGAGUUUGUGUCCGCGGACCUGGAGGAGGACAUCAUCAGCAGAAUAUUCCGCAUCUACAAUGCAGCACGCCCUCAGGACGGGUACCGCAUGGUGCAGCAGUUCCAGUUCCUGGGCUGGCCCAUGUACCGAGACACGCCCAUGUCCAAGCGGUCCUUCCUCAAGCUCAUCCGACAGGUGGUCAAGUGGCAGGACGAGUACGAUGGAGGAGAAGGCCGCACCGUGGUCCACUGUUUGAAUGGCGGUGGCCGCAGCGGCACGUUUUGCGCCAUCAGCAUCGUGUGCGAGAUGCUGCAGCAUCAGCGCGCCGUCGACGUCUUUCAUGCCGUCAAGACGCUGAGGAACAACAAGCCCAACAUGGUGGACCUGCUGGAGCAGUACAAGUUCUGUUACGAGGUGGCGCUGGAGUACUUGAACUCCGGCUAACUACGACUCCUUGACAGAGACUGCAAAGACUUUUGACGUGUCCGACGUGCCAAGUGUGCUGGGUUCGAACCCAACAAACACACACAUUAUUAUUCUUGGCUCCGCCCCCUUUUAAGCCAACUUGGCUCCUCCCCUUGACGACCUGCGCCGAUGCCUUGCUCAUCCCGGGAGGAGCGCCAAACGGAAUCUACGGAACGGGAAUGUUUUAUGCUUUGUGCGUACAAAAUGAAACAAGCUCCUUUUUCUUCUUCUUCUUCUUCUUCUCCUCUUCGGCCGGCGAUGCGUUUCCCAAAAAGUUUUGUAAAUGUUGUGUAAAGUGCUGACUGGUGUCUCGCUGCGUUUGCUUUGACUUUUGUUUUCUGUACGGAGACGCCAAGCUUUAUUUGCACUCCCACUCUAUCUACUCUUGUUGUGCAUAUUGUACAGAUUUCUGUAGAUUAUUUAUUGCCUGUAUGUUUUGGUUUUUGUGGCAGUAAGUGACAAUCAUAUGUUUUUUUGUUGUUUUUUUUUUUAUAGUUUUGGUUUAUUGAUAGCAUUGUGUGCUUUGUGUUUCAACUGUAUGUAAAGA